UUUCUUUUUGUUAAAGCUCUCUGGCAGAGCUGGCUAUUCUAGUCACAGAGGAAAAGAAGAGAGGAGACUUUCUGAAAUUCUGGAUAGAAUGAUAGAAGAUGUUUGGGGCAUAUUAAAGAGCAGCAGCAGUAAGAACAAAAACCCCAUGUAAUUAAAACAAAUUUCUUACCUUUGUGGAUUCUGUAUCAGUUGCUUAGAACUUGAGUUUUUACUUCAGAUGAUGAUGGGACAAGGAAUAGAGAAGGCGAGGUUUGCAUUGGAUUCUUGCUUAUCUGUCUGCCUCUCCUUCCAGUUGGAAAAAAUCUUCAGUCUACAAGAAGCGUCAUCAACAAGUCUAAGGAAUACAUCCUACCAUAAUCCUGGAUUCUGUUGGAGUUGAGGACUACAGCCACUUCACCACUAUUUUAUGGAGGCAAUUCAAGAAAAAUAGAAGGACAGAAUACCUAAGGAUUUCUCUGUAUUAAUACUGUGCCAUGUUAAAUUUUGGGUAUUGUUUGGAGCAAGUUGGGGACCGCUCUGUCAUGUGGAUCUAAGAAGAUACCUGAGUUCCUUGAGCUACAUAGAUGAUGUUUGGAAGGUUGUAAACUCAAAGUAUUUCAACAUAAAUUCAUUGGAUUCUGGAUUCUCUUUUACAAGUCAGGACUUCAGCAGACAGAAACUCUCUCCCAAAAAGAUACAAAGUCUUUUCUGAGUUUUCAAGCUAAAUGUGAACAAUAAUGUCUUGGAAAAGAAACUAUUUUUCAGGGGGCCGUGGUAGUGUCCAAGGGAUGUUUGCACCUCGAAGCUCAACCUCCAUAGCCCCCAGCAAAGGCCUCAGCAAUGAGCCAGGACAAAACAGCUGCUUCCUCAACAGUGCCCUGCAGGUUUUAUGGCACUUGGACAUCUUCCGACGUAGCUUUAGGCAGCUUACAACUCACAAGUGCAUGGGCGAUUCCUGCAUCUUUUGUGCUCUCAAGGGAAUCUUUAACCAGUUUCAGUGUAGUAGCGAAAAAGUGCUUCCAUCUGACACUCUCCGCAGUGCUCUGGCAAAGACUUUCCAGGAUGAACAGCGUUUCCAGCUGGGAAUUAUGGAUGAUGCUGCAGAGUGCUUUGAAAACCUCCUGAUGAGAAUUCACUUCCACAUUGCUGAUGAAACCAAAGAGGAUAUAUGUACUGCCCAACACUGCAUCUCCCACCAGAAAUUUGCAAUGACAUUGUUUGAACAGUGUGUGUGUACUAGCUGUGGUGCCACUUCUGAUCCGCUGCCUUUCAUCCAGAUGGUGCAUUACAUCUCCACUACUUCCCUUUGCAAUCAGGCUAUUUGUAUGCUGGAAAGGCGAGAAAAACCCUCACCAAGCAUGUUUGGUGAGCUGCUGCAAAAUGCCAGCACCAUGGGAGAUCUGCGGAACUGUCCGAGCAACUGUGGUGAAAGGAUUCGGAUUCGCCGUGUGUUGAUGAAUGCUCCACAGAUUAUCACAAUCGGGCUGGUAUGGGACUCAGAUCACUCCGACUUGGCAGAGGAUGUCAUUCACAGCCUGGGUACCUGCCUUAAGCUGGGUGAUCUGUUUUUCAGAGUGACAGAUGACCGGGCCAAGCAGUCUGAAUUGUACUUAGUAGGAAUGAUCUGUUACUAUGGCAAACAUUAUUCUACAUUCUUUUUCCAAACAAAGAUCCGCAAAUGGAUGUAUUUUGAUGAUGCUCAUGUCAAGGAGAUUGGGCCUAAAUGGAAGGAUGUGGUGACCAAAUGCAUCAAGGGGCAUUAUCAGCCUUUGCUACUGCUUUAUGCAGACCCCCAGGGUACCCCAGUGUCCACCCAGGACCUGCCUCCCCAGGUUGAGUUCCAGUCAUACAGCAGGACGUGCUAUGAUAGUGAAGAUUCAGGACACCUGACUGAUAGUGAAUGUAAUCAGAAACUCACAUCCAAGAAAGGGUCACUGAUAGAACGCAAGAGGAGCUCUGGCCGGGUUAGGAGGAAAGGCGAUGAGCCACAGGCCUCGGGGUACCACAGUGAAGGAGAAACACUGAAAGAGAAACAGGCUCCUAGGAAUGCCUCUAAACCAUCCAGCAGCACCAAUAGACUAAGAGAUUUUAAAGAGACAGUUAGCAAUAUGAUUCACAACAGACCAUCCCUGGCUUCUCAGACCAACCUAGGAUCUCCCUGUGUGGGGAAGGGAGGAGACCAGACUGACAAAAAGCCUCCUAGGAACCUGUCUUUACACUCUCGUGACUGGGAAGUAGAGAGUACCAGCAGUGAGUCAAAAUCCAGUUCUUCUAGCAAGUAUCGUCCAACGUGGAGACCCAAACGGGAGUCUCUGAAUAUUGACAGCAUCUUUAGUAAGGACAAAAGGAAGCACUGUGGCUAUACCCAGCUUAGCCCCUUUUCUGAGGAUUCAGCUAAAGAAUUUACACCAGAUGAACUAAGCAAGCCACCGGCUUACGACAUUAAAACUGGUGGACCAAGCCCCCAAUACAAGCCCUGGGGCCCAGCACGGCCAGGCUCUCACCUUUUAGAACAGCACCCUCGCCUAAUACAGCGAAUGGAAUCUGGCUAUGAGAGCAGUGAGAGGAACAGCAGCAGCCCUGUCAGCCUGGAUGCAGCCCUGCCUGAGAGCUCUAGUGUCUGCAGGGAUCCAAGUGCUAAGAGAUCAGCUGGGUUGGCACCUUCCUGGCGUCACAUCCCAAAGUCUCACAGCAGUAGCAUACUGGAUGCAGACUCCAUAGCAUCCAGGAGUAGCUGGACAAAGAAUCAGCCCCUGUCAGGUGGGGAGAUAUCUUCCAAAAGCGAACUGGAUGAACUGCAGGAGGAAGUGGCCAGGAGGGCCCAGGAACAGGAACUUAGAAGGAAACGGGAGAAGGAAUUAGAGGCAGCUAAAGGGUUUAAUCCUCAUCCCAGCCGCUUCAUGGACUUGGAUGAACUGCAGAAUCAGGGGAGGAGUGACGGCUUUGAGAGGUCCUUGCAAGAGGCAGAUUCAGUGUUUGAAGAGUCGCUGCAUCUGGAACAGAAGGGAGACUGUGCUGCCGCUUUGGCUCUCUGUAACGAAGCUAUCUCUAAACUAAGACUUGCCCUGCAUGGUGCCAGCUCUAGCACGCACAGCAGAGCCCUAGUCGAUAAGAAGUUGCAAAUCAGUAUUCGAAAAGCACGGAGCCUGCAGGAGCGCAUGCAGCAGCAGCAAUCAUCGCCGCGGCCGUCGCAGCCCUCAGCCUGCCUCCCCUCGCAGGGGGCAGCCCUCCCUCAGCCAACAAGUGAACAGCCUAUCCCGCUCCAAGUAUUGUUAAGCCAGGAGGCUCAACUGGAACCCUGCACGAAUACAGAGUUUGGGGCCAGUUCUUUCAUCCACUCACCUGCUUCCUGCCAUGAGUCACACUCAUCACUAUUCCCAGAGUCAUCUGCCCUGUCUGCCCCCCAGCACAAUUCCCCUACUAGGUCUGCCUCAAACCUUCUGACUUCAGUUGAGGAGGACAACAUUGACCCUUCUGCACUCCACAGGCAGGCCUUACCUAAAACACCAGGGAGGACUGAGAAGAAUGCUCAUUAUGGUUGGGAACCAUUGGAUGUACCAGAGGGUAAGCUGCAAGGCUACAGGGGUGACAACAGCAGCUGUACCAGGUUCCCCCCACAAGAAGGAAGAGGCAUUGAUCAAGAACAGCUAUUCCAAGAAAAGAGGGAUCCUGCUGUCUCAUCCCAGAUGAUGCCUUGGUCACACUCAACUGGAACAGAUACCUCUGAGAGAGGAGAUGCACACAGCCUAGGCUGUAGUCCUUCAAGUUCAUCAGCUCAGCCCAGCCUUCCCCUGUACAGGGCCUGCCACCCCGUAAUGCCUGCUGCUUCCUCACCUAUGCUUCACUCUCCUGAUACUGUGCAGAAAACUAACCAAUGCUUCCAAGCCAAAAGCCUCAAAACUUUGUUGAUUUCAAAAGUGGAUGGAGGCAGUGAGGAUCCCUGUAGGCCAGAGUUUCCCAGCACAAAGGGGCUUGUCCGCUCGCUAGCAGAGCAGUUCCAGAGGAUGCAAGGUGCCUCCACAAAGGAUGGCACAGGUUCCCAGGAUAGAAGUUUGACAAAUAGUCUAAGGAAGAACUCUUCCCCUUCUGACUCUAAGCCUCCCUUCCUACAGGGUCAAGGGAAAGGCCAUUGGCCUUGGGCAAAACAACAAUCCUCCUUGGGUGGUAGGGACAGACUACCUUCCUGGGAAGAGCCUGCUGAUUAUCCUUCUCUUGCCAUGUACUCUGGGCUGCCUAAUAGUGAAACUUCUAGGGGAAGACAGCCCAGAUUGGCAGAACCAAGCAUGAACCAAGGAAAGCCAUCUCAAGUGAGAGAUGCUAGGCCUAAGGAACUGGGCAACGGUGUUGACUUGGGGACUUCCUUACCUUUGGACUCCUGGGUGAAUGUCACAAGGCUCUGUGAUUCUCAACUUAAACAUGGGGUCCCUGGGCCAGGAAUGAAGUCCUCCCCCCACGAUUCCCAUACCUGUGUAGCCUAUCCAGAAAAAAACCACAUCCUUUUGCAUCCACAUUGGAACCAAGACACAGAGCAGGAAGCCUCAGAAUUGGAGUCUCUCUACCAAGCCAGUCUUCAGGCUUCUCAAGCUGGCUGUUCUGGAUGGGGGCAGCAAGAUGUGGCCUGGCACUCAUUUAACCAAACAGGCUCUGCAGAUGGUGUGGGGAGGAGGUUGCACUCAGCCCCUGGCCUUGGUCUCUCAAGGACCCCAACAGCAGAAAUGGAGCACAGUCUCCAUGAAGCCAGCACAGUGCCUGCUUCUCAGGCUGCACCUUGCCAAGGCCCCAGGAGGGAAUAUGGGGAAGAUGAUCAGUGCGGUGCAGAGAACUUUCACUGCAUCUUACACAGACUCAGUGGCACCGUUGUCUCAGAGAGGGAUGAGACUCCAGUCUCUUCCCACAGUUUUGAUGCAUCAAAUGCGAGGAAAAAGCCUUUGGAAACCGGGCACCGUUGUUCCAGCUCCUCUUCCCUCCCUGUCAUCCAUGAUCCUCCUGUGUUUCUCCUUGGUCCCCAACUGUACCCACCCCAACCACAGUUCCUGUCCCCAGAUGUCUUGAUGCCCAGCAUGGCAGGGGAGCCCCAUAGACCCCCAGGAACGUCGAGGAGUGUCCAGCAGUUUCUGGCUAUGUGUGACAGGGGUGAAACUUGCCAGGGGAUCAAGUACCCAGGAAGAACUCUGAACUACCAGAGUCUACCCCAUCGUUCCAGAACAGAUGCCUCUUGGGGGCCAUGGUCAGAGACCAACCAGCAUAUUGGAGCCAGAUUCCUGAGUAUUCCAGGAUGCAAGCCUCAGCCGACACACACUGCCACACUACCAGAAAGGCGCCAGGGCCUUCAGGUUCCUCAUGCUCAGUCCUGGGGGGAUCUUUUCCAUUCUUCCUCCCACCCUCCCAUUGUUUACCCUGUGUCUCCACCAUCAAGCAGUCUUCAUGUACCCCUGAGGUCAGCUUGGAAUUUAGGUCCUGUUCCUGGGUCUCGAGGCCCUGGUCCUCGAAGAGUAGAUAUGCCCCCAAAUGAUGACUGGAGGCAAACCAGUUAUGUCCCGCAAUCUGGGCAUAGGAGGACAGGGGGAGAGGAGUUUUUGUUUGUUCUGGCAGAUGCUCCUGGAAGAGAGCAGAUAAGGGCAAGAGCCCUGCAGCACAAUAGGUGGUAAGGGUCACCCCUUUCCUUUCCUGGAGCCACAGCUUUCUCCGUUAAACUGUACUGUGGAGGAGUUAGCACCCUGCAUCCGUGCCAGGGUUGUGCUAGUUUCAUCUCAACAUAGAGUUGGCAGUUUCUUCUAGGGGUACCUGGAACCCCUAACAAGACCUGGCUCCUUGAGAGGAAUAUUUGAAAUUCCAAUUUCCAUUCAACUGGCAAAAGGAAGCAACUGCUGUUUAGGGCUUUAUUUGAGCCACUUUAAAGAUGAAUCCAUAUUACCCUGGACACUAGUCAUUCCUUAGGAUCUUAGGGUCACCAUUUUAUUACUGGAUCCUUUAUGCCCCCACCUGCACCUGAGCCUUCAUCCUCUGUUCCCUACAAUACUGCCAACUUCUAUUCUUUGUUUUACCAACCUAUCCUUCUUACCUGACCUUCUGUCUUCCCCAGUACCCCAUCCUUGGAGGGGCAUGUAGCUGUGUGGUCAUGGUCCUGACCAUAUCAUUCAGGGCAGCCUACCUGCCCAGGUAUUAUGGGCUGUCAGCCUUCCCUGUGCCCCCAAACCUUAGGCCUAGAAUGCAGAACUGCCAACAUAACAUUUGUCCUUCUGAACAGAUGGAGUCAGGCACACUAACACACCUUCCUGUCCUCAGCAGCAGAGCCAUUACUGCCACUUGCUCAGUCACUGUUGUAAACCCUCAGAGUCAGCUAAACUAUUUUAGGGCCAAACAUACUGUUUUUGUAAAGUAUUUUUCAUUAAUAAAUCUUUAAGAUAGUUGU